AUGCUUAAUGACUCAAUUGUAGAAAAUGAUAUUAAUACUAAGAAGAAUAAAAAAAAAAAGAAAAGAAAUCAUAACAUUAAAAAUAAUGAGAACAAAAAAAAGCCAAAAAAAAAAUGCUACGAAGAAAAAUAUAAGGAGUUAUAUGAAGAACAAAUAGAAGAAAUUUUAGCUUUACAUCAUAUUUAUUUUCCUUUAUAUAUAGAAAAUAUUGGACAUUUAAAAAAAGAAGAUUUACCAAAUGAUAUAAUGAGCAAUGAAGAAUUUUUAAAAAAAAGCAAAGAAUUAAAUUCUGUUAUAAUAGUUAAUAUAAAUGAUGAGAUAAAUAUAAAUAAUUGUUUAAAAUUUUGUGUUUUUUUUAAUUUUGACAAUGAUUUUCAAAAGUAUAAAAUAACCUUUUGUUGUGAAAAUAAAUAUCCUAAUUCUUAUCCAAAUGUUAUGAUAAAUAUGAAUGCUAAAUUAAAUGAAGAACAAUUGAAUUUUAUUAAUAUAAAUAUUAAAAAAAUAUGUGCAAAAAAUUAUGGGAGAAUAACUUUAUUUGAUAUUUGUAUAUUUUUAAAUGAAUAUAUUAAUAAGACUUUUAGUAAUGAUUUUAAAAAUUUAUGGGAGGAAAUGAAAUAUAGAAUAGAUGAUAGUAAAUCUAAAAAGGGGGAGAAAAAUGAAAAAAUAAUUAAUUAUGAUGAAAAUGAUAAAAAAGUAAAUUUUAAUGAUUAUUUUAAAGAAUAUAAAAUUCAUAGAGAUAAUGAAGAAAAUAAAACAGAUAAGAUAUAUUUUGAAAAUAACAAUUACAAAAAUAUAAUAAAUGAUGAAAAAUAUAUUUUAAAUAUAUAUGAUUUCAACAGCAUUUCUGGAUUUUCUUCUAUAAACAGCUGUAUGAUAAAUGAAAAUUUAGAAAUUAACAAAAAGCAAAAAAAUGAAAAAAGAAUAGAUACAUUAGAAGAUAAAUUAAAUUCUAAAAAUUUAGUAAAUUUUUCUAACAAAUAUAAUAUGAUACAAUGCAGAGAAAAUAAUUUUAAGAAUUUUUAUAUUGUUAAAAAUAUUGUUAUAAAUUAUUAUAGAAACACAUUUAUAGUAAAACAUAGUAUUGAUACGAAUGUAUAUAUUAUUCAUUCAUAUAUAUUAUUAAAUAUUUUUCACUUUUUAACAUUUUUUCUUAAUCAUAUUAUAUUUUGCAAUAGAGGAUUUAAUCUAUAUUGCAAUAUUUUAAAUGAUAAAAAAGAAGGAAAGAAAAAAAAAAAUAAAAAAAAUGAACAAAUAUUUAAAGAAUUUUUAAAUGAUAUAAAUAAUUUAAAUAGUUCCUCAAAAAAAAAAAAAAAAUUAGUUGAUUAUCCAUCUAUUAAUUUUUUUUGUAGUGAAUAUCAAUUUUAUGCUAAUAAAAAUUGUGUUGUUAGCAAAAAAAAUGAGAAAAAUUUAUAUCACAUUUUAAAUGAAUUAAAUCAUGUAUGUUUGAAAAAAAUAAUACAUCAUUAUAGAAUGAUUCGUAAAAUAAACAUAAAAAAAAUAAUAUGCGAAUUAGCAAAGUUAGCAAAAAUACAACAUAAAUACUUAGCUAGAUAUCACUUCUCUUGGUUUGAAAAAGAAAAAAUUAUAAAUGAUGAAAAAAAUAGAGAAAGAAAAAUAUAUAAAAUAAAUGAAAUAAUGAAAAAGUUAAUUUUAAAAAGAAUAUUUGAAAAUAAUUCUAAUGAAGAUGAUAACUUUUAUGAAAAUUAUAUGAAAAAUGAAUAUUCCAAUCAGCAAAUAAAUAAAGAAAGUAAAGAAAAAAUAAAAGAAAUGAAAAAAGAUGAAAAAAAAGACAAUUAUAAUUCUAAUAUGUUAGACAAAAAUAAAGUGAUAUAUUUUGAUGAUAUAAUAAAUUGUAAAAAUAAUAAAGAUUAUGAUAAUAACAACAGUAAUUAUGAUGAUAAUACUUUAAACAAUUCUCUUUUUCAAUUCAAAAAAAAAAAUAAAAAUAAAGAUAAAAAAGGAGAUCUAAAAGAAUCAGAUACUACUAUAAAUAUGAAAGAUUCGAUGAGAGAUGAUAUUUUACUCAUGAAUAAUAAAAAUUUACAAAAAGAAGAAAUUAAAGAAGUUAUUGAUAAAAAGGAAAGUGUGCAUUAUAUUAAUGGAAAGAUAAUUGAUGAAAAAUAUGGAGAUAAUAAAAAUUUGAAUAUUAAAAGAAAUAUUUCAGAUGUGAAAAAUAACAAAGAGAAAAUUAUUACAAGUAAUAAUAAUUUAAUAUUUAAAAAAAAUAUUCAAUAUAUAAAAAAUAUAUUAAAUAAAAAAGAAAAUAUAAAAAAAAUUUUAUAUAUUCAGUGUGAAUAUUGUAAAGGACAAAUAUUAGAAAGAGAAAUUGAAAAUAACUUUUUUCAAAAUAAUAAAUAUUUAAUUUGGAAUAUUUUUAGACAAAUUUUAGAAUCAAUUAGUUAUUUACAUAAACGGAAAAUUUAUAUUAAAAAUUUGAAUACACAAAAUAUUUAUAUAGAUAAUGAUGAGUAUGGUGUUCAUAUCAAGAUUGUAAAUUAUAGCAUUUGUAAUAUGAUAGAUUAUUUUUAUUUUUAUCAUUAUUCUUAUACAAAUAAUUCUUCUUACUUUAAUGAUUUUAUGAAAGAACAGUAUGAUCAUAAUUUAGAAGAAACUAAAGAUACAGAGAAAAAAGAAAAUUGCACUGAAGGUGAUGAUAAAAAAGAAGAAAAUGAAGAAAACGGAGAAAAUUAUGAAGAAGAUAUUGGAAAAGAUAAAAAAAAUUCUGUUUUUAAUUACUUUAGAAAUGAUGCAAAAAAAAAAAUGAUAGAUAAAAAUACGAAUGAACAAUCAAAAGAAUAUAAAGAUUUCUAUAUUCAUUCUUAUAAUCAAUAUUUUUAUAAUUGUUUAAAUAAAAAAAAAUAUGAUUAUGAAGAAUUAGAUCUCUUUUCUCUAGGAUUAGUUUUAUAUGAAUUAUGGCAUAUCCCGUUUAAAACAAAAGAGGAAAAAUUAUUAAAUAUAAAAAAUAUGAUUAAAAAAAAAACAUUUUCUGAUGAUUUUAUUAAUUAUAUAGAUAAUGAUGCUUUUAGGGUUUUAAAAUAUAUUUUAAUUAGCACAUUUAAUUAUGAAACAAACGAAAAUAUUAGUAAAUUAGAGUAUGCUGAUAUCUUUAAUUUAAAUAUAAAAGUUGAAGAAAGUGAAGAUAAGAAUGAUCUAAAAAAAAAUAAAAAAAAAAAAGAUAAAGAAAUUUACCCUGAUUAUAGUAUAAAAAAUGAAAAUAUGGGAAAAGAUGAUAAAAUGGUUGAAAAUGCAUGGAAUAACAAAAUUAUAAAUAAUGAGGAUUUAAUUAAUCCAAAAUUUAAAAAAGAAGAAAAAAUUUUUAAUAAAAAUGACAUAGAUAAUUACAAAGAAAAUGAUUUAAUACAAUUUAAUGAUUCUUCUAAUAUAUUUUCUAAUUAUAAAGAUAAACAUAAUGUCAUAUCUUUCAAUAGAAUAGAGUCAGAAAUAUAUUUAGCAAAAAAAGAAGAUAUUAAAAUACUUUUAAAAAAUAGCAUAGAAUUGGAAUAUUGUAAUUUUAAUGAAAACAAACAAAUGAAAUGUGCUACAACUAAUAAUUAUUCAGAUCAUUUUAAUAAUUCAUCUCAUAUUUUUAAAAAGGAAAAUAUCAAUAAAUUGAAAGAUGAUAAUUAUAGUAAUAACAACGAUGUUAAUAUAACUAAUGAUAGUCAUAAUGAUGAUGAUGAUAAUAAUAAUGAUAUAAAUAAUAUUAACAAUGAUAAAAAUAAUUAUAAUUAUAUUAGUAACAAUAAUGUUAAAAACAUUGAUAAUAGAACUAAUAAUAUUAUUAAUUUUAAUAAUAAUGAAAAUAAUAAGAAUUAUUUUGUUAAUUGCAAUAAUAUUUGUUAUAAAAGCAAUAUUGAGAACAUCAUUAAUAAUUGUGAAAAUUAUAUUAACAAUAAUGAUAAUAAUGAUGAUAAAAAAACAAGCAGUAAUAAUGAAAAUUAUAUUAAUAAUGUUAAAUAUAAUAUUAAUGAUGAAAAUAAAUAUAAUGGUAUAAGUAGUAAUAAUAUUAAUCACAUUGAUAGUAGUAAUAAUAAUAUAAAUAAUUAUAAUAAUAAUGAAAAUAAUAUUAAUAAUUCUGAAAACAUUAGUUAUGAUGAUAAUAAUAAUAAUUAUGAUGAUAAUAAUAAUAAUGAUGAUUAUGAUGAUAAUAAUAAUAAUAAUAAUGAUGAUUAUGAUGAUAAUAAUAAUAAUAAUAAUGAUGAUGAUGAUGAUAAUAACAAUAAUAAUAUGAAUAAUAGUAAUAAUAAUAACUAUGAUAAUAGUAAUGAUUAUGAUGAUAAUAAUAAUGAUAAUAAUAAUAAUAAUGAGAAUGAGAAUUAUAAUAAUAAUAAUCAUUAUGAUGAUAAUAACAAUAAUAAUAAUAACAAUAAUAAUGAUGAUUAUGAUGAUAAUAAUAAUGAUAAUAAUAAUAAUAAUAAUGAUAAUAAUAAUAAUAAUGAUUAUGAGAAUGGGAAUGAUAUUGAGAAUGAUAAUAACAAUAAUAAUAUAAAUAAUAGUAAUAAUAAUAAUAAUAAUAAUAAUAAUAAUAAUAAUAAUAAUGAGAAUGAGAAUGAGAAUGAUAAUAAUGAUAUUAAUAAUAAUAAUAACAUUAAUAAUGAUAAUAACAAUAAUAAUAUAAAUAUUAGUAAUAAUAAUAAUAAUAAUAAUAAUAAUAAUAAUAAUAAUAAUAAUAAUAAUAAUAAUAAUAAUAAUAAUAACAUUAAUAAUAAUAAUAAUAAUUAUAAUUAUAAUUAUAAUUAUUUUAAUAUUAGCAAUAGAAAUAUGAUUCAUAAUGAUAAAGUGCAUAAAAUAACCGCUGAAGGUUUAUUAAAUUAUCCAUUAAUUCCAAUUGUUAUACAGAGAGAUUUAUUUAAAUAUUUUUUGCAAAAAUUAAAAAAUAAUUCUUCCAUUGAAUCAAGUAAUGUUUUAAAUAUUUUGUUAUAUAAUAAUAAAUGUAAACAUUUACCAUUUGAAAAAAAUAAUAAUACUUAUCAUUAUUUACAUGAGUCUACAUAUGAAUAUGAUGUUAUUAACAGUUAUAUAUUUGAAUAUUUCAACUGGAAUUUAUCAAAAAAACUAUCUACUUUUAAUCAACCGCUUAUAUUUCAAUUAGUAACAAAAAAAAAAAAAAAUUUUUAUGAUAUAAAUUUUAUGCAAAAGGUACAGAAUAAAUUCACAGAGAAAAUAAGUCAAAAAAAAAAAAGAAUAAUUAAAGAAAAUAACAAUAAUUAUGAGAAUAAAGAAGAUGAGGAUUUUGAAAAAUUAAAAAUUCAAAAAAGUCCAUCUGAUGAAUUUGUUGAAAGUUUUUCCAAAAAUAAUUCCCAAAAGAAAAAGAACGAAAAAAAUAUUAAUCAUUCUGUAGAAAAUUUUUAUAGAAAAAAUUCUGCAAAAUUAAAAAAUUUUAAAAAUAUUUGUAAUAAUAAGAAAAAUUCAAGUAAAAAAGAAAAUAAUAAUAAUGGGAAUGAUAAUGAACAAGAAUAUUUUUUAUCAGAAAAAAAAGGAAAUCAUGAAGAAGAUAAUUUUUUCUUAAAUUUUCAAGAAAAUGUUUUCAAUAGCAAUAUAUCAAAAGUAAACAAAAAGAAUACAUCACGUUUAAAUGAAACUAAUGAAUUAAAUACACAUACAUUAUUAGAAAAUAAUAUAUUGUUAGAAUCAAGAAUUGAAAAUGAGGAAAAGAAAAAAUGUAUGAUUGGAAGUAGAUUUAAUCAAAGAAUUACAUUUAUUGAUAAAAAUAAUAAGUUAUUAUAUAUUCCUUUUUAUUUAACUGAAGCAUAUUUAAAUUUAAUUCCUCAUUAUACAUUUAACAGAGUUUUUACUAGUUCAUUUUCCUUUUUUCAAAAUUAUUUUUUUGAAAAUAAUAAACAGAAAACAAUAAAAAGAGAAAACAGUAUUAUAUAUAGUAAUAUAAUUACAGUUGAUAACAAAAAAGAUAUUUUUAUUUAUAGUGGCAAUAAUUCAGAAAUUAAUAUAUCCUUUUGUAUAUAUCAGUUAAUAAUAUUGUAUAAUGUUAUUGAUAUUUUACUAAAAUUUGACCAUUAUUUGAGCACUUUAAUAAUUAAAUGGACAUUCACUGAUUUUCUUCUUUCUCUAAUUAAAGAUAUGCUUUCUUUAGAUUGUAGCAAAGCAUAUUUUAUUUAUAACAAUUUUAAAGAGGGGAAUAUUUCAUAUAAGAAUUUAAAAAAAUUACUUCAUUUUUUAGAUAUAACAUAUGAUGAAAAAAUAUUAAAAAUCCUUUAUUCAGUUAUAUAUGAUGAAAAAGAUCACAUAAAUUCUAAAAUGAAAAAAGUAAGCAAAAUGUAUGAACUAAAAAACCAUAAGAAUAAAAAAUUCAUGAAUUAUAUAAUUUCUUGUAUCAUUUAUUUAAAUAAUCUUUUUCACUACUUUAAUGAUUCCAAUCAAAUAUUUGUAUGGGAUUUUUUUAUGAAUAACUAUUAUCAUUUAUUUGGGUUUUCUUUUGCUUUUAAUAUUUAUUCGCAAAAAAAUCAAAAACUUUUAUUAUCAUAUGGAGGAGUAUCAACAGAUAUUUUUUCAAAUUCUGAAAGAACACCAACAAAAGCAACUUAUAAUAUUACUUUUGAAAUUUUUGUAGAUACUAUUUCAAGUAUUAUAUUUCAAGAAGUGAAUAAAAAUAAUUAUUCUAAUAUGCUAAUUGAUUUUCAUUCUCCUAAUGUAGUAAUAACAAUUAAAGCAUAUAAAUUAUUAGUUUAUGCAUUUUCUUUAUACAAUAAUUUAAUUCAAAAUGGAAUUAAGUGUGAGUGUAGAAUAACUCCAUUGGUUGAAACAUCAAAAUUUGAAAACAGUUUAUUGAAAUAUAAAAAUAUAAAUAUCCAUGUACAAAUAAGCCAAAAAAUGAAUUCAAAUCCUUCAUUAAAUAUAAUCGAUUAUGAAAAUUCUACAGAAAACCCUUCUAAUAUUGUUAGCAAUGAAGAUAAUUUAAACAUUAUAUACAACGCUCAUAUGAUUAGAGUAAAUAUAAAAAAGAAUUUUGAAAAUGAAUCUUCUUUAAUAAAUUAUAUAAAGCAAUUUUAUUCAAAAAAAUGA